UUUCUUUCGAAUCGACUGUGCGAGAGUCAAGUGAAACAUGAGAAGCUCGGCUUUCUUGGUCAUCGUCUAUGGGCUUUUGUUUCAAGGAGAAUCCUUCCUCGCCAGUGGAGACCAAGAAAUACAUGUCACGCGAGAAGUUAGCCUCGGGGAUCAGUGCAAUGGAUAUUGUUUCUCAGUGUUAAAGCCCUUCCUGGAUUAUUUCACCCAGCUGAAAGAAGCAACCGAUGCCAACAAUGAAAUGAGAGACAAAAUAAGCUCAUUGGAGGUCACCAUCAGCAAUUUGCAGAGCCAGCUCCUAAAAAACAAUAUCGAAAAAAUCAAGGACAAAGACAACCAAAUCAUGGACAAAGACAACCAAAUCAAGGGCCUCAGAGAGCAGAUAGAACUGGUUUCUGGAGUGCUGGCCGAAAAGAACGAUCAACUAUCGAAAAUCUACCAAACAGCGGAGAACAUUCCCGACACGUGUCCCAAUGGCAGCCCAAAUGGCGUUUUUCAGAUAAAGGUCAGGGGAAUAGACCCGUUCCAAGUUCCCUGCGUAUCGGAUUCGUCUGGGUGGACGGUCAUUGAAAGGCGGUUCGACGGAAGUGUGGACUUUAAACGAAACUGGACGGCUUACAAAGACGGAUUUGGAGAUAUCAGGGGAGAGUUCUUCCUGGGUCUGGAAAAGGUGCACUUGAUGACCGUAGCUCAGCCUCAGGAAUUGCAUAUACAGCUCGGAGAUGUUAAUGGCACUUAUCGCUAUGCCAGAUAUGACAAUUUUGUUGUGGGAAGCGAAGAAGAGGGUUUUAUGCUUAAAUCACUAGGUGAAUAUUCGGGAAAUGCUGGGGACUCCCUAAGGGGGCACGUGAAUGGAAAGUUCGCUACUAUUGAUCGGGACAGCUUUAAGAAGUGCGUUCAUUCUUUUGACGGUCCGUGGUGGUUUCAAGAUCCUACGUCUUGCGGACACAGUUCGUUAAACGGUAAAUAUACCAAAGAUGGGAUAGCCCAUGGAAGAAAUGGAAUUUCUUGGGCCCUCUGGAAUAAGUUUGAUUACAAACUCUCCCUGACUUUUGUGAAAAUUAUGAUAAGACCUAAGAGUCCGCAGACCUGAAGAAUAAUAAUAUAUUUAGUUAUGCUUAUCUUUGGCUCAAGUAAUGUAGAUCCAAUAAAAUUGAAAAAUUUUCACCCGACAAAAAAUGGUCACAAAA